AUGGAGACGGCAGAGAAGCGAGUAGCGAUUGCAUCAUCAUUAUCAUCUCAGAGAAAGAGAAAGAGAAGAAAAAUCCGAAGAAUAAUAAGAAAAAGAAGAAGAAGAAACGAGAAGCUAGUGACUGCUCCAUUAUCACUACCAAACGAUGUCGUCGAGGAGAUCUUCUUGCGGCUUCCAGUGAAAGCCAUAAUUCGACUCAAGUCGCUCUCAAAACAAUGGAGAGUGACGAUAGAGUCUCUCUCUUUCGCAGAGAGACACUUGAAGAUCGCCGAGCAAUACUGCGUGGUUCAUCCCAAGGUUAUGGUCAUCACCGUAGAAGAUUGCGAAAAGUGGACUCUUCGCCCAGACACAGACAUUGGUUUUAGAACAUUCUGCUUAGAAUCGGGUUCUACUCUAUCUUUUAGUCUUAUCAAUUUCCCUCAAGGAUUCUUUAACUCUACCUACGUUUCAGAAAACUGUGAUGGCCUUUUCUGCAUUCAUUCCCCACAAUCUCACUCUGUAUAUGUAGUUAACCCGGCUACACGGUGGCUUCGACAACUUCCUCCCUCUAGGUUUCAGAUUUCGAUUCACAAGUUUUACCCGACUCCAGAAGAUUGGAGAUUAAUGGAUUCAGUCUUUCAUCUAGCAUUUGUCAAGGCUGCUGCUUCUGGUUAUAAAUUAGUUUGGUUGUAUAAUUGUGAAAACUACAACGCUGAUGCUUCGUUUCCGAACGAGGGAGUUACCAAGUGCGAGAUUUUUGACUUUAGGGCAAACACUUGGAGAUACUUGUCUUGCACUCCAAGUUAUCGUAUAUUUUAUGAUCAAAAGCCCGCCUAUUCAGAUGGGUCGGUGUACUGGUUCACGGAACCAUAUAACGCUAGAAUCCAAGUGGUAGCUUUUGAUAUCCAGACAGAAACAUUCAGGUUGCUGCCGAAUAUCAUUCCUGCCAUUGCUGGUUCAGAUCCUAACCAUAUAGACAUGUGCAGUCUGGAUAACCGUUUGUGUAUGUCGAUGAGGGAUCACGUUACCAUGAUCCAAGAGAUUUGGAGGUUAAAACCAUCAGAAGACACUUGGGAGAAGAUUUUUUCCAUAGAUCUCAUUUCCUGCCCUUCUCCUCAGACUGAGAUCCGCGAUAUGUUUGAAUGGAGCAAUAAGGAUAUGGUUGAGCCAUCCACACCUGUGGCAGUAUGCAAGAACAAGAAGAUCCUGCUUUCACAUCGCUGUUCCCGCGGUCUGGUAAAAUACGACCCCCUAACAAAGUCUCUAGACUUUUUUUACCGGAAUUAUAGGGCUUGGAGAAAAGUUACUUAUUUUCAAAGUUUGAUCUCUCAUAUCUAA